UACCUUUCUUUGUGUUACGAAAAUUCUAAGAAUUAUAAUUACGCUGUCCCCAAACCCAAACCCCUACCAAAACCUCCCCAUUCCAAGAUUCCCUUUCAAUCCAACAACCAUGAACACCAGCGGCAGUUCUUCCUUCAACUCCUCCACCCCUAAUUUCGAUAACCUCCUCCUCCAGUCCCUCAUGUCCCGCCUCCACCUCCGCCCCCACGCUUCCUCGACCUCCUCUGCUGCUAAGUCCCUCGAAGACCUCCUCUUCUCCGACCUCCUCCUCAAUCUCUCCGAAUCCGAUUCCGAUUCCGACAACGAGGACUCCUCCUCCUCGUCCAAAACCCAGCUCGCUAAAGAAGAAUCCAGGCUCGAGAAAGAAAUCGUCCGUACUAUUCUCAGUGGGGAAAUUGAGAAGCUGAAACCUAAUUCUGGUCAGGCUAUAAGUAUUGGGGAGCACCAUAUCUGCGUCGGGUUUCAAGAGGAAACCGGGUCCGAUUAUCGGGUUUGGGAGUGGCAUGGUCAUAUUAUGUUGUUUGAUGAGGAGAAUGGCUAUACCCCGGAGUAUAUUUAUGGGAAUUACUUCGAGAGGGUUGGUGCAGCGAAGCGAAAAAUGAAGAAGGAGACUGCGAAGAAGGAGAGUGAUCAUGAUGAUGAUGAAAAGGAGAGGGAGGAGGAGAAGGUGGGGAAUAUGGGGUUGAAAGAGCUGAUUGACUCUGUGGGAUCAGGCAACGGACGGAUUCUUCAUCGCAAUUUAAAUGCAAAUUCUGGGUCACCGAGGUUUAUAUAAGAUGACCAAACCCUUUUCUGUUGCACUUUUAUCACUAUUAGUUCUAGGCGAGAGAUAUAUCCAAAUCAGAAUAAAGAUCAUUUGUGGGAUGAAGUUGGAAGCACACAAGUCAAUUUAUCUGUCUCAUACAGUCACCGCAUUUUACUUUGUGUCUUACCUUCAUUGAGCUGUUUGCUCAAUUUGCAUGCUUCAGAGGGCAUAAUUUGGCAGUUUUGCUUUCCUUCUACAGUAUAAAAUUAACUGGAAUACACGCAUGUACUUUAAGAUCAGAAUUGAUGGAAGUUGCUUCUUGCUAAUGAGCUAUCAUUGUUCUAUUA